GUGGGGGUUGACUUCCUGAUUGGCCCUGAACAGGGUCCUCGGGGCAAAGGAUGGAGCAGGGGUGGGUGUCUGAGACUGUGGUGGGGGUACAGAGAGUGUCAGCUGACCGCAGGGCUCUGCCCUGUUCCUCAGGAAACGCCUGACAUCUGCUCACAGCUCUCACCCUUUGUCAGUUGUGGCUUUCACCAGAAAACACACGACAUCUCAGAAGAUCCACAAUUUAAGGUUGAAGAUUUCAAGACCUGUGGAAGCCAGUCACAGGCAAAGGCGAGGUGCAUUUCUAGUACUGUGCAUACCUGGGCAGUUUCAUUUUUAUAGCUGGAGUUUCUUGAGAAAAGCUAUGACCUCCACAACAAUCACUCAAAAGAUAAAAGGGAUCGCCACCUGCUUCAUGUGCAGGGCAGUGAUGAAGCACCCGGUGAGCAUCAGCUGUGGACAUAGCUACUGUAGCUGCUGUCUCAGGGACUUCUGUAAUAGAAGAGUAGGUUACUCACGACCAAGUACAUAUAACUGCCCUCUCUGUCUUGAGCCAAUUAAUUUAAACACCGUUCGUGACAACAAGCAACUGGAAAGGCUUGUUGAGCUCAUCAAGGAGAUAGAGGAGACGGAGGAUGAGCUGCUGUGUGAGGCCCAUGAAGAGCAGCUCCAGCUCUUCUGCGAAGAUGACGGCCAGCUCAUCUGCUGGCGCUGUGAGCGGGCACUGCAGCAUCAAGGGCACACCACUCAGCUAGUAGAGGACGUGUACCAGGGCUACAAGGAAAAGCUAGAGCAAGCUGCCAGAAAUUUGAAUCAACUUCAAGAGGAAUGUACAGAUCAGAUAGUGUGGGUAACAACACAAAUAAAUGAAUGGAAGCAGGAGAUAGAGAUUCGGAAACAAAAAAUCAAGUCUGACUUCAAGAGUCUGCGAACUUUUCUACGUGAGGAAGAGAAGUUGUAUCUCUGGAGACUGGAGAAAGAAGAAGAGCAGAUGCUGAGAAGACUGAGGGAGAGCCAGGCCAACCUGCAGCAGAAGAGCAGGGAGCUCAAGGACCAAAUCCAGGAACUGGAGGAAAAAUGUCAGAGCUCAGCCCAGAACCUGCUGCAGGAUGUGAAAGGCACCUUGAGCAGGACUUGUGCUGUGAAGCUGGAAGCUCCUGAGGUCUUUUCCCUGGAGGUUCAGACUGCGUGUAAUGUUGCUGAGCUUUACUUAGAUGUGAAGGCGAUGUUAAGACGCCAUCAAGUCAGUGUGACUCGGGAUUCAGAUGUAGCUCAUCCUGCCCUAAUUCUGGCUGAGGACCAGAAACAAGUGCCUCGUGGAUGCAGCCAGCAGAGUCUUGAAGUUUCUUCCAGAUUUACCGCUUUCCCCUUUAUCCUGAGCUGUGAGGGUUUUACCUCAGGAAGACACUACUUCGAAGUGGAUGUUGGAGAAGGAGCAGCUUGGGAUGUGGGAGUUUGUAUGGAAAAUGUGCAGAGAGACCUUGGAAUGAAGCAGGAGCCUGAGCUCGGAUUCUGGAUCAUCAGGCUGUGCCCGGAAAAUGGCUAUGUAGCACUGACCUCUCCCGCGACUACGCUUGAGCUGCAGGAGCGACCCCUGCUGGUGGGCGUUGUUCUGGACUAUGAGGCGGGAGCUGUGUCCUUUUACAACAUGACCACUGGCUCCCACAUCUUCACCUUCCCCAAGGCUUCCUUCUCUGAUACCCUGCGGCCCUUUUUCCAGGUUUAUCAGCAUUCCACUUUGUUCCUGCCUCCAUCUGUUGAGUAGGGAAAGGAGCAAAGUUUCCUUAGCUUGAAAAUAUGGGAAUUUGGUAAGAACAGUUUUCUUCUCUACUAUUCUUCCACUCUAUUAGAAUAAUGCUGGGGUUUUAGUCUAUGAAAAUACCCCAGAUGGUCAGCCUGAGCAAGGGGAAAACAAGAUAUUGUGAUGACCAGACAUUCUCCUUUGUACCUCUCUUCAUGGGUGCAGGUUUUCUUUUCCAGUAGUGACUAAUUGAUGAGUAGGGUGACCCUGAGACCAAGAGGUCACAAUUCUCCCACUUUGUUUGAGCCAUUUGGACUCAUGUGUGGGGGUGUGUGUGAAAGAAAGUUUCAGCUGUCUGCCAACUCUAUAAAGAACAAGAAAAUUAAAAAUGUAUUAUCUGACCCAACCAACGACACAUUGAUUUCUAAUGGGAACUGAAGUCGUAGAGUCUGCCAGACCCUGGUGAGCUUCCCUGGGAAAUCACCAAGUGAGGUAUGAGAAAAGCUAAGUGUGAGAGUGGCUUAGUGUGAGAGGCUCCAAAUGGAGACAGGAGUAGGAGUAAAAAGUGAUUUUCAAUAGAGGACUCAGUUCUGGUAAACAGAAAGUAGCUGGUAUGCUGCAGGCUGUGCACAAGGCAGCUACCGUGAAAUAUUUUAGCAUCUCAGUAACUAGUUACUUCUGGAAUGACUGUUGGUAGUCUUUGUUAUGACUAUGAUAUGACCAAAUAGAUCUUAAUUCUACACAUGAGUUUAUUUUGGGAAGUACAUUCCAACUGGUUUCACAUUGUCUUAACUGAAUAUUAAAUAUUGAUAUAUUUUCUAUUUCUUGUUCUUGUGAAAAGAAACAGGGCUUAUGUACAGUUCCAAUUGAUGCGUGGUUAAGUCACCUUCACAACUUGCCUAUGGCCACCCGGAACAGUGGUGUCAGUGGACUGAGUGAACCUCCACAUUACUUACAAGUUGUGGUCCAAUCAGUCUAGUGUUGUUUGCUUGCAAAAGUUUCAGCCUGGCUAUGAUAACCACGUGUUCCUGGGUGCUAACCACCAGUUAUCUGGUGCUAUCCUUACUUUUUACAGCUCCAUGAUGUAAGGUUUUAUAUAAAUGUGUGUAUUUGCACACAUAACCUGCCCAACAUGGUCUGCACUGCUUCUCACUUCUGGACUCAGGAGGUUUUUAAGACCCCUCUGCACGGUUUGCUGUGUCUCCCUUAACUCUAAUGGCCUUGAGUGCUUCUCUGGGGAAUGACCACCUCUCCUUAAUGGUGAUUUUCUCCCUGUCCACGAGGAAUCUCAAGUUCUUCAGCAGUAACUAAGUGCCAGCAUGUAUUCUUUACCAGGCAUGAGAAGUUUAGGUCCCAGUUUUGAUGUCCUUAAUCCUCCAGGGUGUUGUCUGGCACUUUAAUUAGUGACAGUCAAAUAGGAGUAAGUGAUAAGUGACUUUUGCUUUAUUUCUCCAUUUUUCUCUGUUACUAUGAGCUGUAAAUCUCAUUAAAUAAUUGCUAGCAUUUGGGUUUCCAUGUCUAUAUUCUGCUGCAAUAUACACAUUAUCAAAUUUUGUUUGUUAUAUUUUCUUACUACAUUUAAAAUGGUAUAAUACUUUGGAUAUUAAUCAUUCACUGUGUCUCAAUAUUUUAUAUAUCUUCACAGGAAUAUGCUAGUGUUGUACAUCAUUAACUGAAAAGAAAACUUUUCAUCUAAUAAAAUUAUUAAUUUUUCCCUA